UUUCCUCAUCCCUCUCUGUUUCUAAGAUUAGAUAGACAGAAAGUGAGAGAGUUAAUAGCUAAAAAGGUCUCUCUUUUCCUUCUGCUUUCUGGAAAGGUGAAGAAGAAGAUGAUGUUCUUGGAGCUCCUAGUGGAAAAAAGUGAUUGCUUUCCUUUGGACUUGCUUAUCUUCAACAUAGCUUUAGCCUUCUUCAAUGGCGUUCUUGCUGUAUUUGCGUUUUCUCAGCUGGUCAGGAUUCACAUGCGCAAUGGACAAAGUGGAUGGACACGCCAAAAAGUACUCCACCUCAUGAUUGGCUCUUCUAACUUGGGUUACUUCAUAUAUUUUACAUCUACGUUGGUUGCAGCUUGUAAGAAAUGGUUUUGCUGGUCUAAUGUCUGCGGGUUCAUCCUAAUGGCCUACCCCAAAAUUCUGUUUCUUGCAGCUUUUCUUCUACUCCUAUCCUUUUGGGUCGACCUUUGCCAUCAGGCAAAUGAUGAAGAGGAGGAUGACGAGGACGAUAGCAUGCAGCAGGCCUUGUUGGAAAAUUCAAAGAAUAAACCUAAUUCAUCAAACAAAGAUGGUCAUCGAAUUUGUUGUUCAUUCCAAAGCAUUCAUGUUGGAAGUCACCAAAAAUUUGUGAUUGCGGUUGUUGUGCUUGUCCUUGUUCUAAUGAUGUCAUUUGCUGUGGUAAUCUGGAUCGGUGUGGGUAAGAAUCCCAUUGAUUCUUCAGCAGUGGCUCAGGUAUAUGAAGACUUUCUUGCUUUCACAGUUCUUUUAUUAGGAGGAGCAUUAGGUUGCUAUGGCAUCCUGCUAGUUUGUAAGUUAAGGAAAGUACGGUCUGAGAAAGCUUCAUCCGAAAUGUGGAAGGUUGCUGGUUUGGCAAUUACUUCUGUUAUAUGUUUUACGUCAAGUGCAUUGGUAGCUCUUCUUACAAAUAUUCCUCUAUAUUGUCAGUGGAGUCUGAAAAAAACAUAUGGUGGAAAAGCACUAGUUUUUCUGAUUCUGUACUAUUUUAUGGGAUCUUUGGUGCCCUCAGCUUCUGUAUUAUGGAUUGUAAGAGAAUUGCCACCCCCAAUCGCUAAUCACCAAAGGGAACAAUCAAGAACAAUUACUUUUGUCAGCCAUGCUUCAGUGGGUACACAGCAUCCUCGUCGUUGGGCUAAAGUAACGAGUUCAAAUAAUCAGAAGAAGAGACGUUGGAAAUGCAGACUCACGUAUGCAUAUGAUUUGAGACUUAUGGAUCGCAGUAAAAUUCAAAUGAAGAUGGAGGAUGUGGAUGCCUCUCAACUAUACAAGCAUAUACUGCAGAUGCAUGGAUGUGGAUGCUGCCGCUUUUUGCAUUUGGUUCAUGUACAUAGUUACAUUUCAGAAAUGCUGCUACCCUCUCCACCAGAAAUGCCGCUAGCCGAUCCACUUUUGCCAAUGGAUUCUCACUGUAUACAUCCUUUUACAUGUAGAUGCCUCUCAACUGGGUGUUUUUGACUAUGUUAGGGUUUAGGGUGUUUUUGACGAUGUUAUGGUGAAAAUUUUAUAGAUUAUUGGUACAGAAACCAGGAAAAAAAUUAUAUAAAAAUGCAGGGGGUGUUGCAAACAGAUAAUUAUCUCUCUUCCGGGUGCGUGCCUUACUUUGGAUCAUGAUUUGAUUCAUUAAAUAUUUUAACUAUUUA